AUGUUUGACUUUAUUAAUUCAAUUGCAUUUUAUAUUACCGAAGCUACCUGUGCUUCUAUUCCAAAUGGAAGUCCUAACAAUCAGGGUCUUCCUUCAGUAUCAGUUGCUGUCAUAAAAAACAGUAAUAAAGCUAUCGGCAGCAAAAAUAACAACCCAUGUGAGAUUUUUGAGUAUGUUUUUCAACCUUCAAUAUAUUAUAAUAGUAACAAUAGUAAUAAUAAUAAUAAUAAUAAUAAUAAUAAUAAUAAUAGUAAUAGUAAUAGUAAUAGUAAUAACAAUUCACAGCUAAGAAAAACCAUACUUAGAAGGAUCAAAAAUUCAAAUAACGAUAAUUCUAAUAAUAUGUUUAAAGUAUUUCAAAAUUAUAUAUUAUACAAAUUUCAAACUGCCUCAUUAAAUUAUUGGUUAUUAGUUAACAACUCCAACAAGAGCAUUGUGGGGAAAGAUUAUGGCAUGCUUGACUGUUUAAAAGUGUUAGAAACCAUGAAUUACAUUUUAGAGAAUUAUUUUGAUAAAGAUAAUGAUGACAGCAAUAGUUUAUUAUUUUUCUCAAAAAUAUUAAAGGAAGCAGAUCGUGUUAAUUUAAUAAUACAAUUUGUUCAACAGACAAAUGAACAGGAUACUGACAUUAACAGAUUGAAAGAGGUUAUCCCAUUAAAAAUCACAUUGUCGAAAUUUAUAAAUAAUACAACAAGAAGUUUGAAAGCAGGAGGAACAAGUGGAGCGGUCAGUGCUUUACAUAAUAGUAUUGCUGCUACUAAGGCCAAUGUUACUUCUACCUCCACCAAUUCUAUGUUGAGCUCUAAUAACAGAAGUUCAUCCCUCAGUUAUAAUAUAGAAGAUCGUGUUGUCCCAUGGAGAAGUAGCAAUGGGAAUAGUGUUUCUGUGACUGGGAGUGGCUCCAGUGGUAUUAACAAUGAAAUAUAUAUCGACAUAAUUGAAAACGUUAAUGUCUUGUACAAAAUACAUCAGUGUAACAACACAAAUAAUAAGCAUCGCAGCAAUGGCAGCUAUGUUGGUAACAAUAAUACUGGCAAAAAAUUACUAAUUACUGAUGACAUUCAGGGCGAGAUCAAAUUUAACUCUCAAUUGGAUCACAAUUCCCCAUUAAUUAAUCUGAAAUUUGAUACAAAAGGACUCGAUUUAUUUGAUAAUUGUGUAUUCCAUAAAUGUGUUGAGCUUGGAAACAAAAAUAAAAAUAAAAAUCUUCAAAAUACCAACACUAACAGUAUAAAAUUUAUACCACCAGAUGGUAAAUUUACAUUGUUGAAAUAUACUGCUAGCACUUCUACUAAUGUUAUAAGUGGCAGCAGAAAUAGCGUUUCUGGAAAUGAAGGGUUAAUUUCUCUAAACGUCAAGACUGGGUUGGGUUUGGAUAAAUCAGAAUUUGAAAUUAAUGUGAAUAUUGAAAUGUCCACUAAGACGGAGCAGAUUGAAGAUUUAGUUAUUCAACUAUAUUUUCAAAAUAGUAGCGAUAGUUUUGAUACUGCAAGUAAUGGUAUUGCUAGUAAUACUGGUGGGGAUUGCGCUUCGGAGGAUUGUAAGCUUAAAAUUAUCAACAAUACGCAUGGUAUAAUAGAAAGAAAUAACAAUAGCAUUAAUAAUGUUUGGAGUUGGAUUUUCGAUAAAAACACUAGUACAGGCAUCUUCCCUGUAUUAAGAGGAUACAUUGAAUGUAGUAAUAGUUCUUCUAGUGCUUCUCUUGGUAUAUUUCCAGAAUUAAUAUCAAUGAGUUAUAAAAAUCAGGGGCAAUUGCAUAGUGGCAUUACUGUUAAUUCAGUAGAAAUAUUGAAUGCCGGGGCUAACGCCUUAAAACCCUAUAAGGGUGUAAAAUAUACUACCAACGUAAAAGAUUAUGUAAUUAGAUGUUAA